AUGCGACCAACACGAUCGACACAAUUACUUUACUCACGCCUGCUAUCGCGGGACAUUGCUGUCGCGAGACAAUGUAGCUCCCGGUAUACUACCUCAUUCCAUCAUCGCAGCUGUCUUUUAAAACUGACAAUAGCUUUCCUCAGUCCUUCAGCUCUGGUCGUCAUCACAGCAAACAACACACCCAGCAUCCGACACUUCAGCAACACGCCCUCCACAUUCAAAAAGGGCGGCAAAGCAGCACGGGAAGCGUCACGCUCUGAUUCGUCCUCAUCCUCCUCAUCUUCCUCGGCAGCCGCAGCAGUGGGCUCAGAAGACCCUUUCGACUUUAGCGCUCUUGAGUCAGACAUCAACGAUGCAGUCGAGAAACUGAAGAGCGAUCUUUCACAGCUCAGACAAGGAGGGAGAUUCAACCCUCAAGUACUCGAGAGCUUGCGUGUGCAGCUGAAACAAGGAGGACCCGUGAAGCUUGGGGAUCUAGCACAGGUGGUGCCCAAAGGAAGAGUUGUGCAGGUUGUGGUUGGCGAGCAGGAGCACCUCAAACCUAUCACCUCAUCAAUCCAAUCCGCAAACCUUAACCUCACACCCCAAGCCGACCCCACCGGCCAAAACCCCCUCCUCCUCAGCAUACCCAUCCCACCUCCCACCGCCGAAUCCCGCAAACAAGCCGUCGCCGCGGCAGCAAAAGCAGGAGAUGUGGCCAACAACUCUGUCAGGAAUGCGAGACAAGGGCAACAGAAAAAGCUUAGGGCUAUGCAGUUGGCGAAGAGUGCAAGACCGGACGACUUGAAAAAGGCGGGCACGCAGAUGGAAAAGGUUGUCGAGAGGGGUGUGCAGGAGGUCAAGAAGAUUGUGGAUGGGGCCAAGAGGGCUUUGGAUGCUUAG